AUGUCAACUACCUUUCCAGGUCUCGUCCACGAUGCAGAGAUACGUCAUGACGGAUCAAACAGUUACCGUUUGAUGCAGCUUGGAUGCCUGGAGUCUGUGGCCAACUCGACCGUCGCCUAUUCCUCCUCAUCUCCUCUCACUUACUCUACCACGGGCACCGAGUUCGCCUCCCCGUACUUCUCCACUAACCACCAGUACACCCCACUGCACCACCAGUCCUUCCACUACGAGUUCCAACACAGCCACCCGGCAGUCAACCCCGACGCUUACUCCUUGAACUCUCUCCACCACUCCCAGCAAUAUUACCAGCAGAUCCACCAUGGAGAACCCACUGAUUUUAUCAACCUGCACAAUGCGCGGGCACUCAAGUCCUCCUGCUUGGACGAGCAGAGGAGAGAGCUGGGGUGCUUAGAUGCUUACCGCCGCCACGACCUGUCUCUUAUGAGCCAUGGAUCCCAAUAUGGGAUGCAUCCAGAUCAAAGACUCCUGCCAGGACCAAGCCUCGGGCUUGCAGCCUCGGGAGCAGACGAUUUGCAGAGCUCAGUGGAGGCCCAGUGUGGACUUGUACUCAACGGGCAAGGAGGUGUGAUAAGAAGAGGUGGCACCUGUGUUGUCAACCCCACUGACCUGUUCUGCUCCGUUCCUGGUCGCUUGUCCCUGCUCAGCUCCACUUCCAAGUACAAAGUGACCAUUGCAGAGGUGAAGAGGCGCCUUUCACCACCAGAAUGCCUCAACGCCUCCCUCCUCGGAGGUAUUUUGAGAAGAGCAAAAUCCAAGAACGGAGGACGCUGCUUGAGAGAAAAAUUAGACAGACUUGGACUAAAUUUGCCUGCAGGAAGAAGAAAAGCAGCAAAUGUCACACUCCUGACUUCCCUGGUAGAAGGGGAAGCGCUACAUUUGGCCAGAGAUUUCGGCUACACCUGUGAAACAGAGUUCCCUGCCAAGGCAGUAGGAGAGCACAUUGCCAGACAGCACAUGGAACAGAAAGAGCAGACAGCGAGGAAAAAGAUGAUCCUAGCGACCAAACAAAUAUGUAAAGAAUUCCAAGACCUUCUAAGUCAAGACAGAUCACCCCUCGGAUCCUCCAGACCGACUCCAAUAUUAGACCUCGACAUCCAGAGACAUUUAACACAUUUCAGUUUGAUCACUCACGGUUUUGGAACUCCUGCAAUAUGUGCUGCCCUAAGCACUUUCCAAACUGUUCUCAGUGAAAUGCUGAACUACUUGGAAAAGCACACAUCGCACAAAAACGGAGGAGCGGCGGAAUCCGGCCAAGGACACGCCAACUCGGAGAAAGCCCCCCUGCGGAAAACUUCAGAGGCUGCUGUGAAAGAGGGCAAAACAGAAAAGACAGACUAG